AUGACUCAAACCGUUCUCCCGACCUCCGUCGCCCCUCCCAACCCCUGCCGCACCAACCUUCACUCUUCUUUUCCUUUGCUCUCUUCCCCAAUGCAACACCUCCCGUCCACCACCCCCUCCUACCUGGGUGACAUGGUGGCAGCAGGAGAGAGUGGGGAGGAGGGCGGGAUGAGCCCCAGGGGCCUGGCGUUCAUGGCAGGCGCCCGGCGCCGAGGGCUGUGGCGCCGCACUGUCACGCCCAAGGAGUGGAGCGAGGGCUGUCUGAUCAAGAUGAGUGCGCUCUUCUCCGCACCUGCCACCUGCUCACCACAUCCCCUGCUUCUCUCGUCUCUCCUCCCCCAUUUGCUCAUUCUCUUUUCUCCCUCCCUGAGUCUGCGCCCUGCACUCACACUCCCCACCCCCACCUCCCCCCCGUCUGUCCCUCCACCAAUCCUGUCCAACACACCUUUUCCUUGCCACGACACCUUCCUGCUCCCCUCCUCAGCUGUCAAGCGCCUGCUCAUGUGGCCCCAGGCGGGUUCUCAGGUGUCCCGCUGCGCCCCAGGUGAUUCCUCUGCUGAAAACUCCUGGUCGCCCGUGGACCCUGCGUCCUUCGACGUGCGCGGAGAAACUUUUCUAUCUGACCACCGCAAGGUGCCCGCCUGCCCGCCGGCUAUUUACGAGCCGUGGGGCGUGGACGUGUUUCACACACCACUCAAAAUCCGCCACGUGGCAGAGCAUGUGGAGCUGCCUGCUUGCCUCUUUGGGAGGGGCGGUGGGGGGGGGAGUGGGGAGGUGCGGCAGGAGGGGGCGGAAGGGGGGGAGAGAGGGCAAGGGGAGGCGGAUGGUUGCUUGGAUGGUGUGUGUGCGGAGGUCUAUGGGGUGGGAGAAGAGGGAGAAGGGGGAGAGGAAGGAGAAGGAGGAGACGGAGAAUGGGCAGAAGGGUGGGUGCUGCCAGAGGUGCUGGUGGUGAACCUGCAGGUACCGCUCUACACCACUCUGCCGCUGCUACAGCAGGAGCAGGACGGCGAGGGAAUCAGCCUGGUGCUCUACCUGAAGCUCAGCCCUGCUUAUGCGCGUGGUGUUCCACCGUGCCUCGCUGCCAUGCUGGAGCCUCUGUGCCAACCGCCAGCCCCAACUUUCUCUCCCCAGCCAGGGAUGGGAAGCAGCAUGCAUGCGCCCACGGCCACAGAGGGGAGCACUCCAGACUGCACUGCAGCGGUAGCGGCUGUAGCAGGGCCUGGCGGGUACAGUGCUACAGAUGCGGGUCAUUCACGCUCUGGCAGUAAGGGGAGUGGCACGAGCGGCAGCAGCAGUGGGGGGAGGGGGGGAAAGGCAGUUGGGGGCAGUGAGGCUGGGCGGAAAGAAUCUCCAAACGCGUUCAAGUGGGAUCGGCCGAAGCUGCUGGCUCGGGUGGUGAACGAGGCUGGCAUGGGGCUAGGUUCGGGUACGAAGAAGACGGUGCAGAGCUGGAGUGGACAGCCCAUCCUCACUCGCUCGCACCACUCGCUCAUUCGAGCGCAAUAUGGGGUAGAAGCGGGGGAAGAGGGGGAAAGGGCGGACGACGAUUGGCGGAACAGCGAGUUCGGAUUCUCGGGGCUUGCUACUAUCGCGGACGUAGUGGAUGAACUGGACGGCGAAUGGGAGGACGACACGUCAGCGGGAGGAAUCGAGGCUGAACACCCAACGCAAUCUCCCUUGGCGUUGCCGACAGCGAGUGAAACGCGCAUCCCAGGCGGCAGCAGCAGCAGCACCAGAUUCCACAAUCGACCUCGUCGCAGCACGGCAAAGGCCCGGCGCUGGCACUCGUGCUCCCCCUCGCCGUGUGUCUGCCCGCCCCUCUCCGCCUCCUUCCGCCCCAUCUUCUUCCGCAACCUCCGCCUCCCCGAGUACUCCGUCAUUUCCACUCCCCCUUCCUCCUUUCCGCCUUCCCCUGCGCCCUCGUACCUCUCCGCCACCUCCUCCGCCACCUCCGCACCUAUUCUCCGCCAUAGGUCCGCGGAUUCCCAUUCCCCCUCCUCCUCCUGUAGCACUUCCACCUGCGCCUCCCCCACGUCCUCCGCAGAGCAAUUUUUCGACGCGGGCAUGCCGCCGCUCCCCCGCCAGGUCGACUGGCGCAAGUUCGACUCCCCCUGGCGUGCCAUGCUCUUCCGCAUCUGCGGGUUCCAGUCCGCGGUGCUGCAGCGGCGCCAGCACGUAUUCGUCCUGCGCCACGCGGAGCGCCUCGACGCCGUCGAUCCGCGAUGGGCGCAGCGGGAGCCCACCAGCCGGCCGUGGGACCCGCCGCUGUCGGAAUGGGGGCGGUACCAGGCGUACCAGGUGGGGGUGCGGCUGCGGCGCGAGGGGUGGGGGGUGACGCGCGUGGUGUGCGCGCCGUACGUGCGCUGCGCGGAGACAGCCGCGGAGCUGAUAGCCGCCAUGAGCAGCACGCCUGACAUGGACUACGCGCCCUCGGGACCUGGGUAUGGGUGCUCCUCGUCGCCGUGCCUGCCGCUGCCGCGCGUGGGGCGCGUUGGUGCGGCGGGGUGCAGGACGGUGGGGGUGCAGCGGCACAUCCUCCGAGCCAUGCAGCAACCGCUGACGCCCGCGCAGGCACUGCACCACCACAAGCGAAAGCACGCGAGAGACGUGGCCGGCUCUCUUUCCAGUUCGUACCACGACCCUGCUGAUCGGAGGGCUCAGGAAGCCGCAUCGGCGGUUGACAUGUGGCAGGCUGGCAUGCCAGUCCCUCUGCCCCACAUCCGUGCCUGCAUCGACUACUCCCUCUGUGAGGUGAUCCCGCCCGGAACGGCACGGCCGCGUUUGUCCCAUGCGCUGGCGGGUCGGGCGGCGCUGGAGGCAUUAUUGCCUGCAGAGUGUGUGGAGAGGGUGGUGUGGGCAGUGACAGGAGGCGCGGACUUGAGGGUCCCAAGGGGACCGGAGGAAGUGGAGCGGGCGGCAAUGAGACUGGUGACAGCCAUAGACCGAAUCGCAGAACAGUGGCCUGAAGAGAACAUAAUCAUCAUCGGCCAUGCGGAGGCAUUGCAUGCAUCUGUGCUCCGAUGUCAGGCAAGGGCCAACGCGGCACCAGCAGCGCUGGCGACAAUGGCGGUGACCUUCCCAAACGCCAUGCAGGAGGACACCUUCAUCCACGCGCUCGCCCUGGAACUCGCCAAUCUUGGCUUUAAGAGGGACAACUGCAUAGCGCUCGUGAACACGUGUCGAGACGAAGUUUGCCGGCCGAUAGUGAAGCUGAUAGACUGCGAGUUUGGGCUUUCGUUCAACAUCGCGGGGCUGGGAGGGCUCGUCAACUGCGGCACCACGGGGUUCAAGGCCGCCAUGUCGCACUCGCCAGAGUUCCCCUGCGAAGUCAAUGAUGACCAAGUGCGCGAGAGAUACGUCUUCUUUGGCUUUCCACACGUGUCGGUGGGCGAGUCAGGCCAGGUGGGGUCGCUGCUCAGAAGAGGCCGGGGCAAGCCGUCCAGUGCAUGCAGGGCGUUGAUCGCCAUCAAGAACGACAUUUCAAAGGGAGGCCUGGUGCAAGAUGACGCUGAUGACAAGGAGUAUGUGCUGCUGAAAAAGAAGAUCGCUGCUCGGGUGCACUCCUCUGGAUCGGAUGGUCCAUCGCUGGUGCGAGUAACCAAGGCAGCACUGGCAGCAAUCACCGAGGACAUUGAGAAGCUGGUGAAGCGCACUGUGAAUCCCGAGACAGCAGACUAUGCCGUCAUCACUGAGGAUGAACCAGAAGAGCUGCUUUGCGCGCACUCUCCGCCAGUGCGCUUUGCUAGCGCAUCCAAAAACCGCUGCCCCGCCCCCGUACCCACCGCGCGUGCGGGCCUCGCAGCGGAGGAGGCAGCGAGGUGCGCGCAGUGA